AUGGCGCCAUCUGCAAUUCGUAUAGAUGGCAAGAGGCUUAGAGACGACCGUGGUCGCGAGGUGACCUUUCGGGGCAUCAACGUAUCGGGCGAUGCCAAAUUCCCGCGCAAGCCGAACCUGCCGACACAUAUACAGGGCGACUUCUUCGACGGCGAUAAUGUGUCCUUCGUGGGUAGACCGUUCAAUGAGGACGAGGCGCAUAUGCACUUUGCAAGGCUAAAGAGAUGGGGGUAUAACAGCAUCCGCUACGUCUUCACGUGGGAAGCUAUAGAGCAUGCGGGACCUGGCAUAUACGACGACGAGUUCGUACAAAGCACUAUCAACACUCUGAGAAUAGCAAAGGACUAUGGCUUCCACAUCUUCAUGGACCCUCACCAGGAUGUCUGGUCGAGGCACUCCGGUGGAGAUGGUGCACCUAUGUGGACUCUGUAUGCUGCCGGUUUUGAUCCAACACACUUCAGCAAGACCCAGGCGGCCAUGGUGCACUCUGCGUGGCCAGAUCCAGCAACAUUUCCGAAAAUGUUAUGGCCAACAAAUUAUCAAAGACUGGUUGCUUUCACAAUGUUCACUUUAUUUUGGGCUGGGAAGGACUUCGCGCCUAAAGCGGUCAUUGACGGACAGAACAUCCAGGACUACCUGCAAAAACAUUUUAUUGAUGCUUGCUGUUAUCUAGCACAGAAAAUACACGAAGCGGGAGACCUGGAGGACGUCUGUGUAAUAGGCUGGGAGACCAUGAACGAGCCAGCUCGUGGACUUGUAGGAUGGGAGCAUCUGGACGCCAUACCAAAAGAAUUGAAUAUGAAGAAGGGUACUUGUCCAACUCCUUGGCAAUCACUUCUAACUGGUUCUGGUCGUGCCGUUGAAGUUGAUACUUAUGAAUUUGGGAACUUCGGCCCUUACAAGAGUGGAACACUUUUGAUCGAUCCCGAGGGCACCUCAGCCUGGUUAUCGCCAGAGAGUUCGCGCGACGAAAAGUAUGGCUGGAAGCGCGACAGUGAUUGGGAACUAGGAACAUGCCUGUGGGCUCAACAUGGAGUUUGGGAUCCUAAGACGGACAGUCUCCUGCAACCUGAAUAUUUUGACAAACUUCCCAAGACCGGAGAUAAGUUGACCUACGAAAAGUUCACCAAUACAUACUUUUUACAACAUGUCAGAGACUACAAGCUAAAUAUCCGAAAUCGCCAUAAAGAUUGCAUUAUCUUGUUGCAGGCCCCCGUCCUGGAAAUCCCGCCUUCAAUUAAGGGUACAUCAGAUGAAGACAAUCGCCUGAUCUUUGCUACUCAUUACUACGACGGCUUAACGCUCCUAACGAAACAUUGGAACAGGUUAUACAAUGUCGAUGUCUUUGGUGUUCUUCGAGGUAAAUACUGGUCACCUGCAUUUGCGGUCAAGGUAGGAGAGACCGCAAUCAGAAACUGUCUACGGAGUCAGCUGGAAGCAAUUCGAACGGAGGGAGAGGAGCACAUAGGCAAUCACCCAACAUUGUUUACAGAAAUUGGUAUUCCGUAUGAUAUGGAUGAUAAGCACGCAUACAAGACUGGUGAUUACAGCAGUCAGAUAUCAGCCCUGGACGCGAACCACUUUGCCCUCGAGGGCAGUGGUGCCGCAGGAUACACUCUCUGGCUAUACUGCGGUUCAAACAACCAUCAAUGGGGUGACAAUUGGAAUGGCGAAGACCUUUCGAUCAUGAGUGUCGACGAUCAUAUUCCCGCGAGCCAGCUACGCGACGAGCCUCCCUCGACCAAUGCUUCAAGCACAACUUUGACACGACAAGACUCUAGAUUGUCCUCGGAAGUGAGACCAGAAAAUCUAAAGAGCAAACUCGUUCAACCUAGCAUAGAACGUGUCGCGUCGGAGACACCACCCGACCUAGGUGUUCCAGGCCUAAGAGCAGCUGAAGCAUUUCUUCGGCCUUCACCGAUCGCGACCCACGGAGAUGUUGUCAAGUACGGCUUCGACCUGAAAAGUGCAACUUUUAUGCUCUCACUCAGCGCACCUUCCAAGACGCCGGACGAUGCGCCGACUGAGAUCUUUCUACCCGAUUUCCACUUUCCUUCCGGCAAGACUUCUGUAGAAGUGAGCGGAGGCAAGUGGAUCAUUGAGACGCUGGACGUCGACGGAGAGGGUAUGCAAUGGAUGAAAUGGUGGCAUGCGGAAGGCGAGCAGACCAUGAAGGUGACUGGCGUUGUCAGAAAGAGUGGGCAAACGACAGGUGUCGCGGACGAGGAUUAUGGAUAUUUUGAGGUCAUGAAGCGCAUCAGUGAGAGCUGUACAGUCAUGUAA